AUGAGCGCCGCCGCAUACCAAUCAGGCGGACUGAAGAAUCUCCUGCGUGUUUCUGAAGAGGUUGCCGAUGCCGUUGCCACAAAUAAGCCGGUUGUGGCUUUGGAGUCUACAAUCUACACACACGGUGCGCUGGGCAAUGAUCUCGGUCUGGAAGACAUCGUCCGUCAGGGCGGUGGUGUUCCUGCUGUGUGUGGUAUCCUGAACGGCGAGCCUAUCGUUGGAAUGACGGAAGCUGAGGUUGCCUUCAUGGUCGAUUCUGGCACAGCGGGCAAGGUGUCGAGGAGAGAUGUUGCACACCUCGUUGGACUGGGAAUCACUGGAAAGAAGGUUCAUGGCGGCACCACCAUUGCCGGGACCAUGCUACUCUCAAGACUCGCCGGCAUUCGCGUCUUCGGCACCGGCGGCCUAGGUGGCGUUCACCGCGGCGGCGAGAACUCCCUCGACGUCUCCGCAGACCUCACGGAGCUCGGCCGCACGCGCGUGGCCGUCGUGAGCUCAGGCUGCAAGGGUUUCCUCGACAUCCCGCGCACGCUCGAGUUCCUCGAGACGCACGGCGCCUUCGUCGCGACUUUCGCCGACGGCCGAACCGGCAACGUCGACUUCCCUGCCUUUUGGGCUCGCGAGAGCGGCACGAAGAGCCCCGCGGUCGUCCAGACCGAGCGCGAGGCCGCCGCUAUGAUCUUGGCGCAGGAGACCCUUGGCAUCGAGUCCGGCAUGCUCUUCGCCAACCCCAUCCCUGAGGAGUACGGCAUCCCCCGCGCGGAGAUGGACGCCGUCAUCGAGACGGCGGUCACGGAGGCCAUUGAGAAGGGCUUCACGGGCGCCAAGAACACGCCCUACGUCUUGGGCAGGAUCAGGCAGCUGACGGAGGAGCGGAGCACGCUGGCCAACAAGGCGUUGGUGAGAUCCAACGUUGCGCGGGCUACCAAGAUCUCGGUGGAGCUCUCGAAACUGCUGAACGAGGGCGUUUCGAAAUCCACGCAUGUUUCUGGUUAUGACAUUCUCCCUAAAGCUACCGUCAAAGUGGAAGAACCCAAGUCUAGCAAGGCCGAUGUUCUUGUGGCGGGCUCCGUGGCGAUUGACCUGAGCUGCGACUACCAUCCCAUAGGUGACAAGAAAGAGGUCGCACCUCAUAUGCAAACCUCGAACCCUGCGUGUAUUAACCAGUCCAUCGGCGGUGUCGGUCACAACGUCGCUCUGGCCGCCCAUAGAGUAAGCAAAGACACAACAGUACGCCUGUGUAGCUUGAUCGGUGACGACGUCGCCGGCGCAACCGUCUUAUCCUCCCUCAAAGCCUCGGGCCUCGAGACAACCUACAUCCGCCAGCUCACCUCCGAGUACCACGUCGCGAACCGCACGGCGCAGUACGUCGCCGUCAACGACGCCGAAAAGAACCUCGUUAUGGCCAUGGCCGACAUGGGCAUCUUUGCCAACCACUCCUUCCCAGACUAUUGGAAGUCCGCCGUCGCGGGCGCCAAGCCGGCAUGGCUCGUCGUCGACGGCAACUGGAGCCCCAAGGACGUCCGGGCGUGGAUCGACGCCGGUCGCGAGCAAGGAUGCAAGGUCGCCUUUGAGCCCGUCUCGACGGCCAAGUCCAUCGGUCUCUUCCCCAAGGAGCACCCGCACCUCGGCGUCUUUCCCAGCCCCGGCAUCGACAUCGCGUCGCCCAACAACUUUGAGCUCAACGCCAUGUAUAGCGCCGCCAAGGAGAAUGGCUUCUUUGAUACGCCCGAGUGGUUCGAGGUCAUUGACGCCUUUAACAUGCGCGGUGCGCGGGAUCGCUUCGUGGCUCUUACGUCCAAGGAGAUGACGGACGCGGGCAUCCCCGUGCAGACGGUUCACCUCCUGCCGUACAUCCCUACCCUAGUCACGAAGCUGGGGUCCAAGGGUGUUCUCCUGACUACGAUCCUGGGCAAGAAUGAUCCCAGACUCAAGGACAGAAACGAAGAGAAGUGGCUGCUCACGAGAGGGUACGUUGAUCACCCCACCGUCGGCGGUGUCUACAUGCGCCUGUUCCCGCCUGCUGAGAAGGUCGCCCUCGAGGAGAUUGUAUCUGUCAAUGGUGUUGGGGAUACGUUUUUGGGAGUCUUGAUUGCCGGCCUGUCAAAGGGAGGCAAGGUGGAGGAUUUGAUCGAUGUCGCGCAAAAGGCGGCGGUCAUGACGCUCAAGAGCCAUGAGAGCGUGAGCCCCGACUUGGAAAGGCUGGACGGGGCUCUGAAGGCUUCUGUGAGGAGUUGA